AUGGAGUCGAUCGGGCCGGGGGCCGUCGAUGCCUGUUCCGUCCAGUUAAAAGCACGGGGAGUUAGCGAGAACAUUGCGCCAAGCGACGCCUUCGAAAAAGUUAGUAACUCAGGGGAUAUGCUGCAUGUUCGCGAUUUGAACAAAGUGCUAUCAACCAAUCAUCGCUAUAAUAGCACUGACAUCACCCCAGAUUCAUCUGCGGAGACGAUAUUUGAUAGCAACAAUGUGACGGUGCUGGCGCCCGAGACGACAGAAGGCCCACACUGUAAACGUCGCCGGGACCUGAUCCGAACAAAUGUGGCUGAAAAGGAGCCAGAGCCAAUCCCUAAAGCCGCCAUCGAUUUCUGGCACUGUAACUCUACUGGGGUGUAUGGCGGCGUCUCAGACGGUGGAUUUAUGCAGAAUAGAAAUGCCGGAGAUACAACGCUCGUCAAUAAGACUUCCUUCCGUGGAAUCCCAAUUACUACUGAGGACGAUGUUAUUACUUUCGAGUCGAAGUUCCCGGGCCAUUAUGUUGGCCGCGCUACACAUAUCCACGCUGAUGUUGAGCUCCUCGCUCCGUACAACACUAACACCAUGUCCCUGGCCCGCAAUGAUCAGGACUUUACUCUCGCACAGACGGCCGCAGGACAAUAUGACCCUGUAAUGGAGUAUGUAUACCUAGGAGACACGGUCAACAACGGCAUCUUCGCGUGGAUUACCGUUGGUGUCGAUACAAAGUAUCGAAAGGAAGGCCUGUGA